AUGAGUAUGAAUAGGGAAAUGAAUAAAAUGGUUCAAAAAAAAUUAUUAUUAUUGUUAAUUUUAUUAAACUUAAUAAAAACUACAAUUUGUGAGAGUGGUAGCUACACAUUAGCUGAUUUUUAUCAGGUAAUUUAACUGAGAAUAGUAGACUUUAGUGUUAAUCCAUUGAGUACAAGUAACAUUUAAAAUACAAUUACAUUCAAUUCAGAUAAAUUUAAAAACCCUCAAAUUCUCAUCGGAGUGAUGUAAUUUGAUGUUGCUACCAAUACGAACUACAUAGGAUAUAAAUUGGAUAAUACAGUUAAUGGAAAUUCUAUUACAUUAACUGCUUAACAAUUUUAAGAUUCAAAAAUAAGUUAAAUCAUAAUAUUAUGUUUGAUAAUUUAACACUAAAGCGUUUACAUACAAAAAGGUUCAAUUAUUAUGCCUGCUCCAAAUUCUAAUUUAAUUAUCAAAUAAACUAUUAAUUAUCAAAAGUAGACUCAAAACCCUCCUCAAAUUUAGGCAUAUAUCACAGGAUAUCUAAAUUAAGUAUAAGGUGACUAUCUAAAAGUUAAAUUAACUGUCUAAUAAGGUUAAAACUCAUUUGAUUUAAUUAUAGAAAGAUCCGAUAUGGGUUUACAAGAGGUUUACUAUAAUUACAUUGAGGUAUAUGAUGAUGUAAAUAUUGGCUUCUAACAGUCUUUUACAACCUAUCAACCAAGUCCUUAUUAUUUAGCAAACAUGUAUUAAGAAAAUUCAUAUGAGGACUCCUCAAAUACUGCUCUAAAUAAUGGAUAAGUAGGAAAUAGACUAAGUAAUCAAAGAAUUCUAUCAGUAAAUCUUUAAUAUCCAGCUUCUAAUUCCUAUAAUUUUACUCAAGUAGGGUUUUUUAUUGGGUUUACUUUCUAUGAGUAUGAUAUUACUGUGAAAACAAAUGGAUUGAGAGCAGAAAUUUUUAAUAUUCAAUUUUUAAAUAAUAUUUUCAAUUUCAACUACAGAGUUUGGUAUACCUCUCAGAUUUUAGGGAUAACAGCUUCCUAUUUAUACUUUGGAAUGCUUAACUGUUAGAUAUCUAAUCCGAGUAAUCCAAUUAAUGAUUUUACCAAUUAAGCUUGCAUAAAUUAGUGUUAAAGCGGUUUCUAUGUUUAUUCUAACUCUUAAACAAAUCUUUAGUCCUGUAAUGCUUGUGAUAGUUCGUGCCUAACUUGUAAUGGAGGAAGCACAAAUAAUUGUUUGAGUUGCACAAGUGGGAAUUAUUUAACAUCAACUAGUUCAUGUGCUAGCUGUCCUAUAUAAUGUAAUUAAUGCACUUCUUCCACUUAUUGCAGUUCUUGUAAUUCAAAUUAUGGAUUUUUUUUUAAAAACUUUUGCUAUUAAUCACCACCACCAUAUACCUAUUGCGAUCAAUAAACAUAUCAGUGCAAAGCUUGUAACUCAAUGUGCGCUACUUGUAGUUCAAAUCUCUAAUGCUUGACCUGUUAAAAUAAUUAUUAUUUACUAAAUGGGAUAUGUAGCUAAAAUUAACCAAGUAAUUCUUAUUGUGAUCCUUUAACAAAAAAAUGUGCUCCUUGUAAUUAAAAUUGUGGUGCUUGUGAUUCAUCUCUCAAAUGUACAUAUUGCAGUAAUAAUUCUUAUUACUUUUAUUUUGGUAUUUGCUCAACUACACAACCGCCAUCUACUUAUUGCCAAAAUAAUGUUUCUUAAGGAAUUUAAAAUUUUUGCUAAACAUGCCAUCCAGCUUGCAGUAGUUGUACAGGGCCAUAAAUUAAUUAAUGCUCCUCAUGUAAUAGUGGGUAUUAUCGAAAUGGGAACUCCUGCUAUUGCAAUAAUCUCAGCUAAUCAUACAAUCCAAUAACAUAAUAAUGUUAAAAUUGUAUAGUUAGUGGAUGUGCUUCAUGUUAAGAUGAUAUAAACACUUGCGAUUACUGUUAGAGCCAAUACAAAAUGAUAAAUAAUUAAUGUGUAUGCAAAAAUUCAUAACAAUACUUUGAUUAAAUUCAGACUUAAUGUGUACUUAUUGUGGAAAAUUUAAAUAUACUGACUCAAAUAAUUAAUGCACAAAUAACUGCUAAUAGAAUUGUCUCAUAUGUACAAAUAGCAAUAGCUGCCUUUAUAAUAUUAAUAAUAACAGUAAUAACAGUACAAAUGAUUCAACUAAUUCUUAAAAUGGCAGUAUUCCAUACAGCAACAGUUUAUGUCAUUAUUCAUGCGCUUUAUGUAAUGGAUAUGCCUAUAAUAACUGCAUCUAAUGCAGCUAAGAUGAUAAUAGGAUAUAUAACAUAAUUGAUUCUACUUGCGAUUGCAUGGAUGGAUUUGUAGAUAAAGGGUAAAGAUUAUGUGCUCAAGGAAGUGAUAUUAGUGAAAGUUUAAAAAAAAUUCUUUUAAUAGGAUUUUAUUUGA